AUGCUGCAGGUGGGCCUGGUUCUGCUGGUGGUUCUGUGCAGGUCCACGUGGUCGGGAGCGCCCUGUGGAGACCCAGAGGAGGAGCACCCGGAGGAGUGUGGAGGCAGAGCUCUGGCAGGUGUGCUCUGGCCCCAGCAGAGAGGUCAGGGGUCUCAACAGGAGGUGGGCGUCCCUUGGGAGCGCCUGGUGGGGGCCGUGGCAGCCUCUGUGCUCGUCACGUUCGUGGUGGGCUUCAGCGCUGGAGCUCUGGGCAGGACACAUGUGCUCAGGUGCCUCCACGCUGUCAGGAGACCAACCCGCCAAACCCAGGGGCCCCCGGUCAAACCCAGGCGCAGCUUCAGACCGACCUCAACCGUACAGCCCCCCAUCUACCUGGAGAUAUAUGACAUCACAGACCACAACCACAGCACCAAGACAGAGGGAGGGGACAGGGGAGGGACAGAGACACAGGGAGGGGACAGGGCAGAGACAGAGACACAGGGAGGGGACGGGAGAGAGACAGAGACAGAGGGAGGGGGCAGGAGAGAGACAGAGAGGGGAGGAGACGGGGGCCUUGAGACAUGUGACAUCACAGACCACUGUGCCAAGACACAGGGAGGGGAAAAGAGAGGGGCAGGGGUAAGAGCAGCAGAGAGGGGAGAGUCUCAGGGAGGAACAGAGACGGGAAGAGAGAGAGGUGCAAUCAGAGAGGAAGGAGGAGCAGAGACGAAAGCAGAGGACAGAGGUUCUGGGGGAGGGAUAGAGGGUGGUUUUGCAGAAAAAGAAGGUAUGGAGGAGGGAGGAGCAGAAGAAGAGGAAGACUGGGAGGAAGAAGAGCAAGAGGAGGGAGAAGCAGAGAAGGAGCAGUCGGACGCUGACGCCAGCAGGGGGCGCCGUGUGCGUGUCAUCCGUGUGUAUCAGUACGAUGAGGAGGGGCAGCGGUAUCCACACCUCUCAGGGGCCCCGGCUCCGGCCCCGGGGCCCACAGUCACGCCGCGCUCCCGCUCCCUCUCUCGGCUCCACGCCAUCAUGUCUGCGGCCACAGAGGGGCCCAUGGGGUCGGAGGGGGCCCAGACUUUUGAAACCAUCCCCUGA